UUCAUCCCCGGCCAGGCGAGUGGAAAAGUACCAGCUGAGCGCGAGGGGCGGGGGCGCGCCGAGGGGCGGAAAAGUACAGACAGCGGAGCCGCGGAGAACAAAGAUGGUCCCACCGCGGCGAUGCGCCCGCAGAGGCCCGCGCCCUCCGGACCCCCAGGCCCCUCUCCAGAGAAUUUUAGUAUUGCACCCUCUCCAUUAUCUCAAGUUUGAGGGGAGGGGUGUACGGGGGCUCUGUUUCGGCUUUCCUCCAGCCUCUCUGGUCGUGCACAGGCAUGCAGGGCACACAUCCCACCCAGUUUCUAGCAUUUACAACGGCAAUGCGCGUAACCCGUCUUUUCAUGCCCGGAGUCCCCACAUGCGGAAAUGCCUCUGCGGCAGAGAGGACUCAAAGGGGGCAGAAAGGGCUGACAUGGGGCCUCUCCCAAGAAGGGGAGAACGCCCGUUCCUCGGCGACCAGAGGCGCCGAGGGUUUGUUUACACGCGCACGCCCGUACCCUCGAGCACACUCGUCUACAGGCAUUUGGCUCGCGAGCGCUUCGCCCGGCCGGCCACUCCUAUGCCCGGAAAAGAAACUGAUGCAAUAUCGAUCUCCGAUUAUCAAAUGUUCCUGGCCCGUCUUCCCCAAUCGUGGCCUCUGUAUACCAGAAGCCCGAAACCUCCUCCGCUGCCCCCAUAUUGCAGGGCCCCUCGAUCUAAUAUUUUAAUUAAUGCAAACCAGUCACAAGACUUGCCGCAGCGGAGCCGCGGGCCGGGCUGGUUCCCCUCCCCCUAACGGA